GAAAAAUAAAAAUAUUAACUCCCCAUAUAAAAAAAUGAAUAAUAGAGCCCCUUAAUCUUAUUUAACUAACAACAUAUUUGGUUAUGAAGAAGAUUAUGAAGAAUAAUAAAGAAAAAAACAACAAAAUCCUUUAGUCCCAUCUAAUAGAAUAUAUGGUGGUUAUGAAUAUAAUGAAGUCUAAUAAAAAGCUAUUAAUGGCUAUAAAGGGGAAAACAACAUUUAUGGAUAAGUUGAAUAAAAAUAAUAACCUUCAAUAAAUAGAAGAGUUCCUUAAGAUAAUAAUAUUUUUGGAGGAUAUCAAUAAUAAGUUGAUGACGAAUACUCAAGAAAGAAGCAAAAACUCUAACCUAUGAUUGGUGAUAGACCUGCUGGUAUGUCAAACAUUCAAAAAGAAUCUUUUGAAUAAAAUAAAAACUUAAAUCAAUAACUUAAAGUUAAGUAACUUUCACAUAACAAUAUUUUCGGAGAUUAAGAAGAUGAAAAUGAAAAAUAAAAAAAGGAUUUAAAGUUGAUGAUACUUAUGACAAGAUUUUUGGUGGAUAUGCUUAUAAACCUAGUAUGGCAAAAAAAGAUAGAAUUUCUGGAAAA